GCAUAAAACAUCUUGAUGACUCCACUUGUUUGUAGAACUGUAUCCAGCAGCACGCAAUUUUUGCAUAAUACAAUUUUUUAUGCUUACCAGCUGGAGCAACCACAUUUGUACACCUUUACUCUAAAUUUAAAGCUAAUGAUGUUAAGUAAGAAGAUAUUAUGCCGUGGUUUAAAGCAUAGUUAUUUACGAAAUGUCAUUUUUACUAACAGAGCAAUUUCCACAGGUGUGCCAUGUUUACAGCAAGAAGAAAAAAACACUGAAUCAGAACCAGUAAUGAAGGAGACUGUUGGCUUUAUUGGCCUGGGAAAUAUGGGCCAUCACAUGGGAAUGAAUCUGUUAAAGAAAGGGUACAACUUGGUUGUGUACGAUGUAUAUCCUGAGGCAGUCACAGCGUUCAAAGAUCUUGGUGCAACGGCUGUUACAUCACCUAAACAAGUGGCUGAGCAAGUUGAUAAAAUUGUAACCAUGUUGCCGUCUAGUCCUGAUGUACAAGAAGUAUAUAAUGGCGAUAGUGGAAUAUUAAGAGGUGUCAGGGAAGGAGCAUUGAUGAUUGAUAGCAGCACAAUUGAUCCAGCUGUUUCCAAAGAUAUGGCUAUGCUAGCAAAAACACACAAAUCGACAUACUUAGAUGCUCCUGUAUCAGGAGGCGUUGUAGCUGCAAAGGAUGGUGCGUUAACUUUCAUGGUUGGCGGAAAGGCGGAAGAUUUCCUCGUUGCAGAAGAUUUGUUAAAGAACAUGGCAAAAAAUGUAGUACAUUGUGGUGCUGUGGGAACAGGACAGGCUGCCAAGAUUUGCAACAACAUGUUGCUUGCCAUUUCAAUGAUUGGAACUUCUGAAGCAAUGAAUCUUGGAACAAGAUUAGGUUUGGAUAAAAAAAUGCUGGCACAUAUACUAAACAUAAGCACGGGUCGAUGUUGGUCCAGUGAGUUGUAUAAUCCAUGUCCUGGAGUCGUGGAUGGUGUUCCUUCGAGCAAUAACUAUCAAGGUGGAUUUGGUAGUAAGCUAAUGGCGAAGGACCUCGGGCUAGCUCAAAACGCUGCGACAGCAACAAAAUCAGCCACGCCCAUGGGUUCAUUAGCGCACCAAAUGUAUCGUGUAAUGUCUAACAGAGGUUAUGGUAACAUGGACUUUUCGUCAGUAUAUAAAUUUCUAAGAGAGGAUGAUUAGCGAAAAAUGGUAUUUGUACUCUUCAGUUAGAUGAACGUAGCUGUUGAAAGGACCAGAGCCGCUUGAAGAGGGUUUACCAGAUUGGUGUAGAGAACAAUUUUUUGAUUGAUGUAGUUUUUUUACUCUGUAUUUCUAAUUCAAAUUCUGAAUAACCAAAUUUCAAGCCGCUACAUUUGGGGUGACGAUCGUUCCGUCACAACGAGGUUACCCUAACUUUUAAAUAGCAUAAACGAUUUUCGUUAUCAAGAAACUAACUAAAGGAAUUUGUUCGAGGGGGCGUUUAAUAGAGUCCUUGCUGUAGUAAUUUGUUAUUUUAGAACGUUGGGAAUCCCACGCCCUGCCACGUCUUAUUUCAGCGAAGCACGUUGACUUAUUCGAUCGAGGUGUUUUUCUAAAUUCUUAAUUUCAAAAUCGCGUUUGGAAUAGCUUGUAAAAGCAAUAUCAAGCCAUGCUAUACAAAACAGUGGCGCACAAGAAAUUAGAACUGCUUAUUUAACAAAGAAAUUGUUGCUUAAGACAGCCUCCCUUUUAAAAUUUUUGGCAAGAUUCAGUUCGGCUUGACUCUUUAGAAAUCUACAAGAUUUCUAAAGAGUGAGUCAGAGUUCUUUUGCGCAUUUUAGAUGCGUAAAAUACUGACAUUUCCGACUGUCAACCCUGCCUUGUAUAUGGAAGUCUUUGUAUACCAUUUGUAUAUUAUAACAGGUAUUUUAAUUAAGCUAAGCUAUGCUGAAUAAAUGACAUGCAUUUA